AUGGAGGUCCAGUUGUUUGGGGUUGAACUCCCGAGGCUUGGCCCUCUACACACAGCCGUCGGCCUGAUCUUCUCUAUGCUGCUUGGUGUGUGGCCUGUUCAGGCCCUUGAGAUGUUAGUUGGGAAGAUCCCCUUCCUGCAGGCAGUGAAUGGCAGCACAGUCCUGUUGCCUUGCACAUACGCCAGCUGUAUUGGCAUCGAGAACCUCUACUUCAACUGGCAAUUCAAUGACAAUGGCACCAUGCAGAAGGUGUGUGAUUCAGUGAUAGUGUCAGAGGAUUCGGAUCCACAUGUGGCUAUAUAUCGAGAGCGGGUGGAAUUUGUGGGGAAGAACCGUAAAAACAACGUCUCCAUAUUGCUGUGGAACAUCACCUUCGAGGACGGAGGCCAGUACACUUGUUUUGGACGCAAUCCCAAAGAGAAGGGCAGGAACCACAGUGCCAUCUUCCACCUCAUUGUGGUGGACGAGUUGAGGGUGGUGGACAACACGCUGACCAUCAUGAUAGCAUCCGCUGUGGGUGGAGCCAUCGCAGCGUUAAUGGGCUUCAUGUUGCUCAAGAACUUCACACUCUUUGUUCUUUCUAAGCUUGAGGAGAAAAAGAAGGAGUGCCUUGUAACUUCAUCAGGGAUCGACAACACAGAAAAUGGCCUCUCAGGAUCUAAAGCUGAUUCAAAACCGACACCAAAAAAGAAAUGA